GCUUUGCCAUCCUCUUCCUGAUUGAGCUGGUCAUUCGUAUCCUCGUCCUUCGCUGCAGCUAUUUCUGCUCUCUGUGGAACUGGUUUGACGUCGUGCUUGUCCUCAUCAGCAUGUUUGACCUUUUUCUCCUCGAGGCCAUGAUGAUCGAAUACGAAUUUACCGUGAACGUGACCAUGAUGCGGCUUGCGCGGACGGUGAAGCUGGCAAGGGCCUUCAGGAUCAUGCGUACGCUUCGGAUGUUCGAAGGACUCCGGGUGCUGGUCCAUUCUGUCAGCGCCUUCCUUCCCUCACUGAUGUGGGCCAUGAUCUUCCUGGGGCUGUUCAUUGUGGCUGGGGGCAUCCUCCUUGGUGGCCUUCUCCACGGCUUCACGGUAGACAUGGAUGCGGACGCUGAUUUGCGACUGUGGACCUGGCGCCACUACGGCACCGCCUCACGA